CAGGGAUAUUUGAAUGACGAGGAGAACGACUGAGGAGAAAUGAGGAAAUUCUAUUCUAUUUGGAUAAUAAUUAGAAAAAAUGAACAAUCUUUGCGAACCUCAUCAUUAACGAUGAUUAGUAAUGAAUGCAGAAAGUGUCGAUAAGAAAAGAUAAAUUUAAAAUUUAUGUAAGAGAAUCGAAGAAAUGAUUCAUAUUAUCUGAAUAAUUCUCUAGUAAUUUACUUUAUAUAAUGUAGAUGUGUGAUUGUCAUCCGAAUGAAUUAAUGUUACAAAAAUAGGCGAGUAUACAUAUAUGGAAGAUUCAUCAAUCGAGGAGAGACGUGAGAGAUAUAUAAUUUAACGAUUAUAAAUGAGGAAAGUUCAUUGCAAAUUAAUCGGAUGGUUCAUUUUAGAAAAAAGAUCAAAGUCAUCUGUGCGUGACUCAGAAAACGAGCGAAAAAAAUUGCACGCCGCUCCAACGACAGCGUAUCGUUUAUCGAUACUCGUCGCAACUCGCAACCGCGGUUCGCGGUGCAACCGUGCAACACAGAAUCGACACAGAAUACUCUUCGGGCGUCGCUAUAUCGUUCCGCGAAUUCCGGUUCCAGGCUCCGACAUAUCUAGAGAUGACAGAGGCUUUUUACGCGCGAACAGAGAUCGACGUUAUCGUGCCACGGUCCGCGGCGCGCUCGGCCCUUUUGUUUCUCGCUCCAGCAAAACAGCCGAUAACAAUUCGGAAAGCACUUUGGAAUUUCGCAGCUAUUCGCAGCACGAUCAUGCAUCCGAGGAUAAUAUUGCUAUCGAUGUUGGUGGCCUUCGUCGCUGCCGAGAGUAUUUUAAUGACGGAGGUCUUUGUCAUUCCCAUCAGACCGGAAACGUUCGACUGGAGUGCAGAUGGACACUCCGAUCAAUUUUCGUAUCAGCCUUCUUUGCUGAACGCUCCCGAUCUUCCAUCAUGGAUACAUUACACCUAUAGCAAGAAGGAUCAUCACGGUUUUCUAUACGGCGUAGCGCCUAAAGAUCAAAAAUACUUUCAGCUGGAAAUUGUGGGACUGAACAAGCAUACCUAUGAAACCCGCCACAAGGUGCUCGAUAUGAACGUACUCGAGAGAGAGAAUCUAACAAAGUAUGAGGUGCACCUGAAAAUCGACAAUCUCAACAUAGAGGACAUGUUCGAUCGCAAUCGCACCGAGAAGCUCCUCGAUAUAUUUAGGAAAAAAUUGUGGAAAGGUGCUGUGGACCUGUACGUGACCUUUUUAGCAUCUGCGAUUGAACUCGGAGCUCGUUUACCUUUGAAGCCCAGCGAAGGUGAAGGAGUCGUUAUGAGAUUGGGCAGUACGAUGCCAUUCUCGCAAGAGUUGAACGAAUUGCAGGAGGAAGUGAAGCCGCUCUGGAAAAUGCCCUCAUGCCCCAGAGACUUCAAGAGAACUAGUGUGGAGAUUCUCUUCCGAGAGGCUGAAUUCAGAUUGGAUUGGUGUUCCUUCAGAUUACUAGAGGAGGACCAACAGAGUCUGCAGCACGAAAGCGCUCGGCGGGGUCCUAGCGUUGUAGGAUUGCCUUCAUCGGGCAUCUCCGAGCAUACGGAAUGGCGUUGGGCCCGUUCGACGAAAGCAAGCGUACCCACGAGGAGCUACUUCAAGGAAAUCGCCAUCACAAUUUUCGUACCGGUCAUACUAUUUCUCGUGCUAGGCACCUUGCUUAGCACCGCUUUCUGUCUACAUCACGAGAAAAUGGCAGAUCCAGAAUCAGAUGAAUAUUUCGAUGAACUCUUUAAUAUUUUCCUUAUAAGGGAACAACCCGUUAGCGAAAAACGAGAACUUACACCAGUGGAAGGAGUCAACGGAAACAACGGAAUACAAAUGGUGCAAUAUGCCAUGUCGGAAAGAGGCACUCUGAAAUCUCUGUCAGCUCAACCAUCGAGUCCGAAUGAUUCUCUAUCGCGAAGUCCAAGAAUCUCUGGUGACCGUUGCAAUCCAUACAUUCGUCCAAAUCCACCACCAUAUACCGGGCCGACUAAUUUUGCCAGCUUACGCGCCGAUUUCUGACUAUACGAGCGACCCGCGAAAACGUGGUUUUGCUAAAUGGAUAUAGCUCGCGGGUGUCUUUCAACUUUCAAUUAACGUGUUUUGAGGCCGAGGACUAGAAACUUAUCGAAACCGACUUCAAAUUUGCAAGUUCAAUCAGAUAUUAAAUAUGCGCGCGCUACUUAUUAUUGCUAACUAUAAACACGUAUUUGCGUCAUUUGUUUUGACAAAUUGAAUUGCGUCUGGAAAUUUUCUCGAAAGAUGCCUUUACGAGUAGACGAUGAGUUGCAAAUAUUGCAAAUAUAUGUACAUCAUGUAUAUAAAAGAAUGUUUUUUUGAACAAUAUAUUACACAUUGUAUACAUACUACUUUUUCGCAUUGUAAUGAUCAAAUAAACUGCGUAGCAUUUAAUAUGAUUAUGUAUACCUUAUAAUUGUAAUGCAUUAAAAGUUUUUGCGCACACACACACACACACACACACACACACACAUAUAUUGAUGAAAUAUAUGGAAGAAAUAAAUCUAUGACUCUACA